GGGGCUGCGGCCGCCCCUCCUGCCCAUCACCGUUCGGGCCGCGCCUCGAGCUCCUCCGCCCGGCUGCCGCGCCGCGGGGCAGAGCCGCGGAGCGGAGGAAGCCGCGGCAUCCCCGCCCUGCCCGGCUCCCCGCAGGCCAGGGGCUGGGCCCUCCUCGCUCCCCGCCGGGCGAGGCAGCGCCGGCCACCUCCCCUUCUGCUCUUCCUCCUCCUCCUCCUCUCUGCCUUCCUACUUCUGCGCCGGCACCGCUCCGGCUCCGCCGCUGCCCCCCGAGCCGCCGGGCGUCCCCCGGAGCCCAGCCCUGCCCCGCCGCCCCCUCCCCGUCCCCGACGCCGCCGCCGCUCGCACAAGAUGGCGGGGACCGUGGCCGAGCGGGACGCGCUGAAAAUAGAGGACGGGCAUUUAAACAACUCCCUGGGAUCCCCGGUGCAGGCUGAUGUGUAUUUCCCUCGGCUGAUCGUCCCCUUCUGCGGGCACAUCAAGGGAGGGAUGCGGCCGGGGAAGAAGAUCCUGGUGAUGGGCAUCGUGGACCUCAACCCCGAGAGCUUCGGCAUCAGCCUGACCUGUGGGGAGUCGGAGGAUCCUCCUGCGGACGUGGCCAUUGAGCUGAAAGCCGUAUUCACAGACAGGCAGUUCAUCAGGAACUCAUGUGUGGCUGGAGAAUGGGGAGAAGAGCAGUCAUCUAUUCCUUACUUCCCAUUUAUACCGGACCAGCCUUUUCGGGUUGAGAUACUUUGUGAGCAUCCCCGUUUUAGAAUAUUUGUGGAUGGACAUCAGCUCUUUGAUUUUUACCACCGUAUUGAAACACUGUCAGCAAUUGACACAAUAAAGAUUAAUGGAGAUCUUCAGCUUACAAAACUUGGCUGAACUUGUUAGAACUGUAGAUUCCAAACCGGCUCAGGUGCCAUCGUCUGUGUGGAGAAGUGACAGCCGGCUCUGGACACAACUAUAGUAGGAAGGCUGCCCCAUUCCUUUUCUGUGUGCAGUUCUUCACGCCUGUGCCGAUGAACUGGGCUGUUGUCUAUCCUAAUGAAGAACACUGAUGGUUAAUAGACAUCGAGCCACUUUUCUUUGAUCAAAAUAGCCCACAUGUGCUGGAUAAUCAAGUUGGAACGAAUUCGGAAAGACUUGCAGUCUUGUUUCAAAUCUCACAGAAAGGUGAUUUCUGAAACACAGCACUAAAAUCAGUUACUGCACAGCAGUAACAACAACAACAAAAGGUUUUUCUUUUGCAAAUAUUGUUUCUGCACUGAAGUGGAGUAGUGUAACACAACGUAGGGCCACAUGUUGAUGUCCUUACCGAGGGCCUGAGCCUGGUUCCACGGAAAUCAAUGGCAAAUCUGCUAUUCACUUUAUCGGGGUACAAUCAAACUCUUUUAGUUCUUAGUCCAGCACAACUCCCAUUGAUUUCUAUGGGAUUUUUGCACAAGCCCAGGGGCAAGAUCAGCUGCUGGUGUUAAUCAGCUGACCUCCACGGCUUGCAGUGGCAUCCUGCUGAUUGCUCCCAGCCGCUGAUUUGGUCCAAGGACCGUGCAAAAAAAAAAACUGAAUGAGGGUGUGAGGACACUAGCCUGUAUAUUUUAGUCAGGGUAUUUGCAUAGAAUGUAGAUUGUUACAAGUUUUUGCACAAUGUACUGUUAAUACAAUUUUUAAAGCUUAUCUGUAGUUUAUUUAUUUAUACUCAUUGUAUGUAUUAGUAAAAACGAACAAUCUUACUGAUCGUUAAGAACAGCAAAGUGUAAACAUUUUGAAUGUACAAAAUGUCUUGGGUUCUUUGGGUAAACUCCACGUAUUGCUCUGGAAAAUUCAUGUUUCUUAUUGAACAUUGAGUUACAUUUUAACGGAGCCCUCUGGGCCCUGGGAAAAUGUGGGCAUGGUAGUUGGUGGGGGGAGCUCUUUGCAUAUUAUUCACCAAACUGUUUUUCAGGGCUUACUAACUUUGCUGCACAGGAUAGGUUUGAGUUCAAGUCAGACUGUUUUUAAAAACAAAACGGCAAAUUUGAAGCUGUGCUUUUAUAACUUGAGAAAAAGUGACACUUGGUCUCUUAGUUCAGCAAGAGAUCAAGCCUCUUUCCAGGGGAGAUGGGAGAUUACUUUUUGCACUCAUUUGAGAACAUAUUCGGCCUUUGAUAUGACAAUUAAAACUUGUCUAGACAGCCAAGUUAUUAAUGCUUGAAAAUCAUCUGCUGCACAUGAAUAAUAACUUUCCAAGUAGCUUUUUUAACUAGUAGGUAUAGCUGUAUAAACAGAGUCAUUGAGCUACACUAUAAAUGAACACAACCACUUUCCUUGACUUCUUUAGGACUAAAUGCGCUUUCUCCUUGGCUGUUCACAGUAGACCACGGCAAGUCUUUCUGAGUAGUUAUAAUCAUGAUAUAAACACAUACCUAGGCAAUUUUGAAGACAUGUAAUGUUGCGACACAGAAUAUAAAAACAUUCUUUGUAGCACCAUAUUUAAAAAAAAAGAGAACAAACUCUCACAAACAGAACUAUAUUAAGCUUGCAAUAAAGAAGUGUUUCAAAGUAACCAGAACUGGAAUAUCCAAAAUGAAGGGUAGAGUGCCAGUUGCAAAGCCUCAUUUUGUGCUAAUUUGGCCUGCAGUUAAGAAGCCUUAGACUGCAAGCUGAAAUUCCAGCUAUGGCUCUGCUCCAGAGACUGCUAAGGUCAACCAGAGUCCUCCAAGCACAAAAGCAAAGAAGCCUGAUUCUUACUUCGUGCAAGUGCAGAUCUCUCUGUGAAGACAGGGGGGUGGUGCUGCUGUGAAUGAGUUAAGAAUUGGGCUCCUACCUACAAAAUGAGUUAGUAAUGGAAAUUUUAGCCUUAACAUUGAAGUCCUCCGACUUUUUUUUUUUUUUUUCCUUUUUCAAAAUUAAGCAAAAACCUGUUGCGUUCCAGAUGAUCUUUUUAUCUGGUGUAUGGCAUCAGAUUCUAUUUGUACUCCGGAUUGAACCUCCAUAUGAAAUGUUCCCUGUCUUGCUCUGUUUUUACUCUUCUCCACGAUUCAUGAUGACUGUGUCAUUUUUCGUUGUAUAAAGAAUGCUGACAGUGUUUUGGUACAAAAUAUAUUCUUAAAAAUGAUGGUAAUAAAAAUCCAAGGGAAAGGUGCUUCCACAUGAGCUGUUUGGAUUUUGUAGCCCCAAAGCAGAUGCAAGCAGAAGAUUAAUUCUGUUUGGGGAGAUGUUUGAUGCCCACCCUGUCUAGUGCUUUCUCUAACUAUAUAUGCAAAGCCAUGCUUUCUGAUGCAGUGCCAUUGCCUGAGGCUGUCUUGCUACUCCAGAGGGCCAUAAAAUAGGAGGCUGGAGAGAGUAGCACCUUGACCCUGCGGUAGCACAAAACCAAAAGAGAUCUCUCUGACAGCACAAGGCCAAGAGAGAUUCCCGCUCCAUGCCUUUGCUGUACCCCAGAAUAAGGGGUUUGGCUGACUUGACUUUUCAGCCACUUGAGAUUCCCGGUAGCUGCAGUAGCUUAGUGCAGCCCUCAGAUUUUUCAUGACCUGUAGGGUCAUGGCACAGCACAGAACACAGGCCAAGGAUGUUGAGAUAAACUCUACAGAGGUCUGUGUAAGCAGUAAGAACCUGGUGAUAACCAUCCUGCCUACUUUCCCACCUGGAAACUAGUACUUUCUCACCUGGAAACUGUACCAGGCACACUAGUUGGCUCAUGUUUCAGUAGUUACCUGGCUCAGCAAAAUGCUAUUUUGAACCUCAGUCUUGUUUUGCCUAACUUGACAGACCGUGGCACCCACCACCUGCUUCUGCCCUGUCAUGGUUUCUGAGCAGGGCUUAGAGGCAAAAAGAGCUGUAAAACCACUUUUGCUGGGCAGUGGUUUUGGCUGAGAGCUCAAGAAAGGGCAGAAAGUCACAUUUAGAAUUUCCACAUCUAUUUGUGUGUUUAACAGAAUAUUAAUUGACAGAAUUAACAGAAUGUUAAUUGCCUUGGGCAUUACCAGGAAGGAUGAUGGCUACGUAACCAAGGGCUGUCCCACGUGUGCUUGGUUUACUUGGCUAACUGCACUCAGAAGCUGGUGCAGUGCAAGUCAGAGAAAACUUGGGCCUUAAAUGUUUCUGUUCAGUCAGACUUUGAGCUAAACCCAAAUGUUUGAGAUGGGAGACUGCUGUAAAAUUUAUAUCUGCAUUCUGUCCCCAGAAUUUAGGGAUUACUCAGAUGUUCAUUUGGGGUAUAAGCCCUACUAGAAGUGAAAUCAGACUGUUCCCAGACUGGGACAGGUUUUCAAAGUGCUUUUCAGUAGGCAUUGCUGGUCUGUGAACUGCUUCGAAGCUGCACUUCCUCAGGAGCAAGCGUAUGUGUUAACAAGCUUUAGAGAUCCUAUGCUAGAAUCUAUGAGCUAAAUAUUCCCGUGGAUUCCUCUAAAUGAGGAAAUUAUUUCUGAAAUGAAAGAAGUCUUGAAUGGGUAAAAACUCUGAAGUGUAAUCCCUCAACUUAGCAUAGCUUUAUUAUUUUUUUCCAAAGGGGAAAAAAUAAAACAAAAUACCAAAAAUAUCCACCCCCAAAUUACUUAGUUAAAUUUGGAAUUGGCUGUGAUAAAGCCAAUGGCUUUUUCUUUCUUUCUUUCCUUCUUUCUUUUUUUAAGAAAUGUGAAUUUAUUGACUGCUCAGAAAGAGCCUUGAAAUAUGCCGUGUGAUGUGAGGUAGGCUGUCUAAACAUAUUUCACAUGAAUGCUUUUUCACAGUCAAGUUGUAAAAAUGUUAACAAACACCUUCUUUUCAUGGCACAAUUAGAAAUGGUUGCCCCACCUUGAAAGAACAUUUUGUACAAAAUAUUCAUGUGUUGUCUCUGUGAACUUGCACUAACAUAUAUUAUAUUCUCCCUCCCCUCCUUGACUAGCUUGGGAAAAAAUAGGCGUAAUAUUGCUAAACCGGUUGAAUGUAACAUCUGCUUGAGGCAUAGCAUCUUUCUCAAGGGUUGUUUUGAGUAAACAGCCUGAAAACCAAAGAGAGAGCCUGAUUCACCAUAAUGCUGUGCCAGCUUUCCACCCUUGUCACUCUCCCAAAGUAAGGCUGAGACUGAAGCCCUGAGAUUUUCAUGUGAGAGAGCAGCACUGAGAUUUUAUCUUCUGGGUUUUAAAAAUAUACACUGUGGAGGAAAUGAGAACAGAGUAGCCACAGCACUUCCAAGCUUGCUACUGGUGGUGUUGUCGCAUGAUGUACUGUAGUCCUAAUGGAACAUGAGUUUAGAGAGCGGUAGCGGGCAUUUCAGAGGCCAACUAGAGCCCAGUUCUGCAGAGCCAGUAGUGGAGGCUCUGAGCAACCUUCCAGCACCCUACAAUGGAGAUGACAGUGUGAACAGCCAGAGUCAGGCUGAGAGCAGACCUAAACACUCACCAUGACAAGCAUAGAAGUAACGAAGAAACAAAGAAAAGCUUUUUAUUUGUCCACCAAAGUCUAGGAGUACAUAGCGGCCUGGUGAAAUCUGUGGUCAUUCUAGGUUUUGUUCUGAUUUUCUCACAUGAUCGGAAAGUGUCCAAGGUAAAAGUUGCUUUGCAAUGAAUGGUGCAAGGGGUUAAAAUGAAGGCCAACCCAAAUGGGGAGAAAAAAAAUGAGCUACUGACGCUUUAUCUGGCUUUGAUACACCCUCCCAGCUCCUCCCAGCAAUCACUGCUGUUACAAAUAUGCACAAUUACCAUAACAAGGAGAUUCAGCAGCAUGUGCAAGAUCAAAAUCAUAAACUCAAGCUUUGCCACGGGACUUCCUUAGCUUUUGUUGCUAGGCCUUUCCAUCUGUCUGUCAACAAAUAGCUAAAUCCUGCUGCCUUUAAAGUUCAUAGCAAAACACCUAUUGACUUCCAUGAGAAUGGGUCUGUAAGAAAAGGGGUAAUUCCAGCCCUCUCAGCUGGGGUAUCCUCUAAAAAUCUGUUCUUUCAUUUUCCUGAAUUUAAGCAUCAAUAAAAGGACUAUUUCUGUCUGUAUUAUCUUCUUCCACAGAGUCAAUAGAAAGCACAGUGUCUCCCAGCUGCAGUAACACUGGUUUCACAGUUAGCUAAUGAAAUGUUUUAUCUUCAUUAUCUUCUGAUUUGAAAAAGUGAGGAUGUGCACGAAAUGACGUGGCAAUAACAGUAAUGUGUACCAUUCACCACAGAUCUAUUUUUAUGUGUUGUGCCAAUUUCAUAAUGAACUUUUAAUAACAAUAAAAUGUGAAAUCUUCA